CUUGCGUCGAAGUCGAAUCCGCAAUGAGCACCGGAGAAUUUGAAGCCGGAUCUAGACGAUCCUGUCGCCGUUGGUGAUGGUGCCGCUGCACUGGCUGCUGCUCCGGGUGCUCCGGCUACGGCGGCAGAACAGUCUGCUGGCCAGCAACCCGGGUUGCCGCCGCCGGUCGUAAACAUAAAUUUGUUUGGCGCCGUAAACCGCAACAUGGCGGAUCUAAUAAGGGAUGUCCUGGGGAGUCCUCCCCCUUCACCAGGUCAGCAGGUGCAGCAGGUGCAGCAGAUGCACCUGCCAGUUGGCUCUCCAUUGGCAGCAGCGGCCGCCACACACCCCUGGCGAGUGGCUCCAUUAGCCAGGAGGCCCAGGGGCAGGCCUCCGGGACCAAACUCGAUCCGCAACAGGCCGGUAGCGGCGGCCCCAUUCAUGCCCAUGGGUCUCGGCGCUCAAGCUCCUGUCUUCCCGCCUCCGCCACCUGUCUACCCUCCGCCGCCUGGGUUUGGUGCUGUGGCUAGGGGGCCACCGAGUGCUACUGCCACAACUGCUCAGCCCGGACCUGCCACUGCUACUGCUCAGCCUGGUCAGCAGGGCUUUGAGUGCGUGGUGUGCCGCGUUUCAUCGGACUCCUUAGGAAGUAUUCCUUGUGGGCAUUUAUUGUGUACCCAUUGCGUGGAGGGGCAGGUGGGCUUAUGCCCUCACUCGCAGUGUUCAGCUACGUUCACUAUGGACCAGUACCGCCGCUUCAGGCGCAACUGA